GGCGUUGAAGCAAUCGAAUAACCAAUCUCACAUCCCAUGGCGCUUCUCAAGAGUAAUGACACUAGGGCUCUCUUCCUGAUGGCCAUCGUGGUCAUGGCCAUGGCCAUCGUGUUGACACCCUGCCCUGUGCACGGACGAAAUGAUGAGAGGUGCACGCAUAUGCCGGGGUGCACUAUCAGCCGUUGCCUCAGCCAGUGCAAGCAGUGGGGGUAUGCCAACCCUGUGAUAAACUGCUGGAACACACCACCGAAUACAGUUUUGGACACAUGCUGCUGCUUUAGUAAUGCUGCUAGAAAAUUGGCUUGAUUUUAUCACUGACAGCUCUAGCUGUUGGAUCUUGACUGAACAAUCCAAAUAUAUCAAAAUAAUUUGAAUGGAAAUCCUUGUUUUAAAGUUCCAAAUAA